CGGGAGUACAACUCCUCCUUCCUCGGCGACACCAAUGCCAGCUACUGUGAGCAGAACAAAAGUAGCCCGACUUACAUCAAGCAGAAGGAAGUUCAAGAAAAAGCCUCUGUUUUUAAUAUGCAGUUGGACUUAACUGGGGCAGUUCCCAGCCUUAUAGUUGCCUUUGUCAUUGUAGCUAAUGGGGAUCGCCAGGGACGCAAAAGGUCUUUAUUUCUACCAUCGAUGGGAGCUCUGAUUGCCGAUAUUUGCCUCACCGUCAUAUCGUAUUUCUCCUUGCCACUCUCUAUCCUGUUUGCGGUUGCAUUUAUUACUGGGCUGUUUGGGAGUAUGGCAACUUUCCUUGGAGGAGGCUUUGCCUUUAUAGCAGAUGUGUGUCACGAUGAGAAGCAGAAGACGACGCGAAUAGCUGUGGUGGAUUUGAUUUUUGGGGUCGUGUCUGGAUUGGCAGGACUGUCAUCUGGCUACUUCCUAAGAGGGAUAGGCUUUACGUGGACAUUUGUGACAGCAUGUCUCCUUCACGUCGUUAAUAUUAUCUACAUUUUCUUUUUUCUGGAAGAUACAAUAGGUGUAUCUGAAUUCCAGCACCAGGCUCCGGUAUCUUGUACGGAACUUCUUAGAGAGACAUUUUCUGGAGUGUACAUGCUUUUUAAAACUGCCCCUUACAAAAAAAGAAUUUUAAUAAUCGUGUUACUUUUUACAUUCAUGACUUACUUGUUUACUGUGGUUGGUGGGAGUUCGCUUUUCACACUGUAUGAACUGGAUGAGCCACUCUGCUGGAAUGAAGUCUACAUUGGAUAUGGAGCAGCUGCGUUCACGUCUGUCUCUCUCACCAGUUUUUUAGGAGUUUACUUAUUUUCUAAAUGUCUCAAAGACAUUUAUAUCGUCUUUAUUGGGAUAUUUUCUUACAUUGGAGGAAUGGUCAUGGCUGCCUUUGCCAAAACUACCCUGCUCAUGUUUUUAGUAAGAGUGCCAUCUUUGCUCUGCUUUAUGCCCAUUCCUGUUCUCCGAUCUAUGCUUUCGAAAGUGGUUCUCACCAGUGAACAGGGUGCUGUGUUUGCUUGUAUUGCCUGUUUAGAAGUUGUGACCGGCACUAUUUCACUUUCAGUUUUUAACAUCCUCUACGCAGCUACUGUUGCAUGGUUUUCAGGCUUUAGCUUCCUCAUAUCAGCAAGCUUUUGUCUAAUUCCACUGGCUGUCCUGUGCUGGCUGCUGUGCACAAGCUGGAACGGGGAGGACUUGGCUCUGCUUGUACCUGAAGAAGUGUCCAGCAUAGAGAGCACUGACAGUUGA